GCAGCCCCCAUGGAAGAAAAGAUAGGUUCAGAAAAGAAACGAGUUUUAUGUGUUGGUUGGACAUGUGUGGAUAUUGUCACUGUGGUAGAGACAUUUCCCGAGGAAGACACAGACGACACUGGAAUCAUGGAUUAUUAUUGGCAGAGAGGAGGAAAUGCCUCCAAUACAGCAUCAGUAUUAUCAACAUUGGGGAGGCCAUGUGAAUUGUUAACAGUUUUACCAAAAGAUAGUUCAGAGUAUCAGUUUCUAAAGGAUGAUUUACAGAAAUACAGUAUUAAUACAGACCACUGUGUAUUAACAGAAGGCAAGGAGGUUCCUAUAGCUACUGUUUUAUUGUCCAGACAUACUGGUUCUUCUACUGUAUUAUAUACUCUCAAAGAUUUGCCUGAAUUGAAAGAAGAAGAUUUUACAGAUAUUUUACAAAACUUACAUCAAUAUUGCUGGAUCCAUUUUGAAGGUCGUCCCAAUGUAGAAUGUAUAAUAAUGGUUUUAGAUAGAAUACAGAAGUUAGAAAGCAAACACAAUAUAGUGACUUCAGUAGGCUUAGAUAACCCUGAUCACAUCACAAAUAUAGAAGGCCUGGUAAAUAAAGUAGACUAUUUAUUUAUAAGUAAAUAUUAUGCCACAAAGAAUGGUUUUAAAGAUAAAAAUUCUACUGUACAGCAUUUUUCCACCUUAGUCAAAAAAGAUGCAACUGUGAUAUGUAAAUGGGGCAAUGAAGGCGCUGCAGCAAAGCGUGAUGGGAAUGAUAUCUUAGACGUCACUGGUGAAAAAAUUGAUAACUCUAAAAUUGUGGACUCACUUGGUGUGGGAGAUACCUUCGUCGCAGCUUUUAUAGACUCCAUAUUAGAGAGCAAAAGUCUUCAGCAGAGUUUGGCGUCUGCUAAUUUUAUUGCCGCCAAAAAACUCACCAUAAAAGGAUACAGUGGGGUAGCUAACUUUAAAUCUUGAAAUUAAAUAACCGUUUUUAAUUUUU